AUAAAAUAUUAUGCAAUAAGAAAAACAGAGUAACAUUCAGCUGACUGAUAUUGAGGCUGCAAAAUUAAAGAAUAAGGCUUUGAAAUACCAAAUUCUAUAAGCAGCGCUUUCUUAGAGCUUCCCAUCAGAUGAUAACGAUCAGUUUUAUAUUUUAAGCAUAAAGUAAUUUAAAUAGUUGAUUUAAGAUGGCUUAAUUAAUGGAAAAAAUAUGUUUCCUAUGAGGAGAUUGUGGCUGACAAACCACCAAGUGAGUAUUUCGGAAGAAUUAAACUUGAUAAAAUUAAUACUGAUUUAUAAGAUAAUGUGCUUCCAACAUUUAAGUAUUAGCCUAUAAGUAGCCAUCCUUGGAACAUAAUUAUAAAAUAAGGCUUACAGGAAAAUGUUAAUUAUGUAGUUAUCGAUAAGAAUAUGUGGGAAUUUUUUACAACUUACUAUGCAGGAAUUCCAAUAACUAGCAAAUUGGUGAAUGUAAAUUUUUUAAGAGUAUUUAUAAUAUAUAUUCAUCUUUAGUUUAAAUGCGUCUUGCUUUAUCCAAGAAUAAUCGAAUAAAUAUAUUCUGGCUACAUGGAGGGACAAACAUUCCAGAGUGAGGUGAUGUAAGUAGAUGGAAACAUGAAAUUCAAAGACUAUUAAACUUUGAUAUAAAGAGCAGCGCUUACUUUUACAGAAAAUUUUGCUAAAGAUAACAGUGUUAGAAUUUGGAGAUAUAUCACAGACUAGAACGAUCAAUAUAAAGCUUUGUUUGAUGAAAUUUACAAAUAAGUAUGUGAAUUAGAAUUUUAAGAUAAAAUGUGUUUUGAUUUCAAUGGAGAGCUGCUUACACAUCAAAAGUAUGACUCUAUAAAAGAUAUCGGUAUUACUGACACCGAACUCAUUGUAAUUGAAGUAAUAUGCAAUUUAUACAUUUAGUUUAAAGUUGAUUCUAAACCAUGGUGUAUUAGAAAUUAAGCAGUGUAGAUAGAAGGAGAAUGUCAAUAUUGUCAUGCUUACAAAGUUCUAUCGUUUCCAUGUGUUUGCAAAAAAGUUGCUUAUUGUCAAGAAGAAUGCAAAUAAAAAGAUUAGUAUUCUCAUUUUUCUAUUUGUGAAAAGUUUGGUUUAGAUGAUGAAUAAAUUAAAAACCUUACUCUUGUAUAAACAUCUAUUAAGGGGAUUGUGGGUUUAUAAAAUUUAGGAAAUACAAGUUUUCUGAAUAGUGGAACCUAAUGCAUUUCCAACUCAUAUCCUUUGGUUGAAUAUUUCUUGAAGAAUUUAUAUUUAGAUGAGAUAAAUAUGGAGAAUCCUAUAGGUACACAUGGAUAAUUAGUUAAAAAGUUAGGAUCACUCAUUAAAAGAAUGUGGUGUGGAGAUAGAAAGAUAAUAACCCCUACAGACUAUAAAAAGGCAGUUGAAUAAUUUUAUCCAGUGUUUUCAGGUUAUCAUACACACGAUUCAUCUGAAUUAAUAACUGCUAUUUUAGAUGGAAUUCAUGAAGAUUUAAACAGGGUGAAAAAGAAACCAUAAAUUGAAUAUAAGGGUUAUGAUGGUCGACCUGAUUUUGUUCUUGCUAAAGAGAGUUGGUUGAAUCAUCUGGCUAGAAACUAAUCGAUCAUUGUGGAUCUCAUAAAUGGACUAUAAAAAUUUAUAUUCAAGUGCCCAACUUGCAACCAUGUUUCAGUUACUUUUGAACCUUAUUUAAUAGUAGAAGUAGACAUUCCAACUGAAAAAAAGAGAACUAUUUCAUUUAAAUUUUAUGAACAUCUAUUUAGAAGUACAUAAAUGACAAUCCCUUUUGAUAAAAAUAUAAAUAUUCCUUUAAAAGAAUAUUUGAAAUAUCUUGGGAGUAUAUUAAAUGUAGAUUCUUAGUUAUUUGCAUAUCUUGUUAAUACUGAUAAUUCUUAUGAAUUUUUUUAUGAAAAUAAAUCUAUUGUCGAUAUAAGAAAGAGAUCAAAAAAGUCAUAACUUUGCUUUCGAAAAUUAACUGAACAUGAAAUUAAGAUCAAGAACCAAAUCCCUAUUUAAUUUGAGAAUUAAUAUUUAGAAAAUUCAACAAGAAAGUCGUUUGACUAAAACGGUGUAUUCAUUUGUGAUAGGUAAAUGAAAUUAAAAUAAGUUCACUUAUUAAUAUUUAGUCACUAUCAAUAGUUUUUUUCUCACCAUAAUAUUGGAGGUUAUGGAGUCUACUUUUUAAAUUAAGUAUUUCGAACAUCUUAUCAUUUAGUAUUACACUUUAGUUUAUAGAACAAAUAAAAAUUCCUAGAAUCUAUGCAGAUUUUGUAAAGCUUAAAAUUGUGAUGAUUGUGAAGUCAAUUUCAAUGAUGAAACCAUAGAAGAAGUGAAGAAUAGAGCCUUUAAAAUUGAUCAAUAGUUCUUUUUUAAAAUAAUAAUUCUUUGGAAAUAAAGUCCAUUACAAAAUAUUAAAUUAUCAGAUAUGUUCAACUAUUAUGACAGAUUAUAUAAACUAGAAGGUAGGAAUUUAUAUUUAAAGUUUAAGCUUAGAGUACUCAAUAAAAUAACGUCGCCAAUAAUUCAAUUAUCUAAAAAUCCUCUUAAAUUACUCUCUAUGAUUGCUUGAAAUAUUCAUAGAAGCCCUAAUAGCUUAAAAAAGAAAACACUUGGUACUGCCAAAUAUGUAAAGUUCAUGUCAACGCAUUUUAAAGCGUUUAAAUUUAUAAGGUUUAACUUUGAUUUUAAAUAGACUCCUUAAUUAUUAAUUUUCAAAUUAAACAGGUUUAAGGCUCAAAAUAAACUGUUUCAAUAAAAAAUUGAGGACCUUGUAAAAUUUCCAAUAAAUAAUCUUGAUAUGACAGAUUACGUUAUUAAUACUAAUACUCCUAACGAAUUUUUGAAGGAAAAUGAAACUAAUAAUGGAGAAAUAAAUAAAACAAAAGUUAUCUAUGAUUUAUAUGCUAUAUCUAAUCAUUUUGGUGGAUAAGGAGUUGGACAUUACACAACCUUUGCAAAAAAUAAAGUAAUAAUAUGGACUAAAAUAAGUUUACUAAUAACUGGUAUAAUUUUAAUGAUUCUAUGAUAAAUCAAAUAAUGGAAUCUUCUGUUGUAUCGGAAUCAGCAUAUGUGCUAUGCUAUUAAUUAAAAUAAGAUGAAAAACAAUAAUGCUAAAAAAUCUAAGGAUGA